CAGGCAGACCUUGGAGAGUAUCAUCUCUUCACUAUAGGGCCCUGAUAGAGCGCUGCAUGAAGGACCCAGAGGAAGGGCUGGGGAAAUGCUCUUGUAUACCAAUAGGAUGUCACAGUAGGUUAUACUUGGGACACAGAAGGAAAGAAUGAGGCAAAGCACAAAGGAAGGAGCUCACACUUAAAUGUAUUCUGAGACAAAACUGCUCUUUUGAAUGGCAUCUCCUGGACUGCCCUACAAUCUGAAAGUGCAGAGCUGAUUUACUGAGACAAAAACAGCACAGCAAGUGAAGACAAUGUCUGUUCUGUCUGCCUCCGCUUAGCAGCGCUGCUCUGCCUCCGGGUCCACAUUUGACAUUGGCCCUGUUUAUCUGUCUGGCACAAGAAGCCAGCAGCGGGACUGUCUCUCAUGUCAUCUCUGACAUGAUGCUGCCGACACUGACAGGGAUAAUGCCAAUGAUGAUGACGAUAACAUCUAAAACGGGCCGGUCACACAGCUGACACUCCUGCAGCACACACACACACGCAGAUUGUUUGUCCAUUAAGACAAGAGCAGAAACAGAAGGAGCUGGUCAGUGUGGAGUCAAAGGCCCCGUUUAUCUGGAGGUUCUCCAAGUACAUCUCUGCAUCUCAGGACGAGUACACCAUCUGGACACCUGUGAUAAUGGUCCUGUAGUCCUCUUACUGGGGCGGCGAAGAGCUUAACAAAUAGACUUCUGUGGUUUGCCCUCCAGAGGAGAGCGUUAAGCAGGUGAAGCUGAACACCACACUCAUUAGUUACACAUGCAGUCACCUGCCACUCACCAGAGACUGAUGCCAGAAUACUGAAAGUUUCCACAGCUAUUUGUGCCCACACUCGGGAGAGACACUUGAGGAAUGACUCAGACUCUGUGACUGGAUGUGAGCUCAGUGGAAUUACUAUACUGCUGGGAACCUUGGAGAUAAGAGGAGCAGUCCAGCCACAUUUCAGCCUUCGGGACAGUCGGUAGUUUUGUUCUGAAAGUUUAUUUUUAUAAGUAGCAUGUAUUUAAAUUUGUUUUUGUGAGUUGCUUUUUAUGAAACCUCUGAAUGUCUUUUACUAGAGUUUGUACAUUUCCACUAACAGUAAUUUUGUACUCUGGAGUUUAAGGAUCUCUCCGAAGGGAGCCGAUCAUGGCUAGCAUGGUGGUUCAGCUCCUUGGCUUCUUCCUAGGAUUCUCAGGGUUUGCAGGAACUAUAGUUGCAACCCUGCUCCCCCACUGGCGCAGCACAGCUCAUGUGAAUGCUAACAUUAUCACAGCCACUGGGUACAUGAAAGGCCUGUGGAUGGAGUGUGUCUGGCGCAGUACUGGUAUUUACCAGUGUGAGCUGUACAGGUCUCUGCUGGCGCUGCCACCCGACCUGCAGGCUGCCCGGGCGCUCAUGGUAAUCUCCUGUCUCACCUCAGUCCUGGCAUCUCUGGUCUCUGUGAUUGGGAUGAAGUGUACCCGCUUUGCUCGAGGUUCAAUGAUCAAAUCUCCCCUGGUGCUGAGCGGAGGGAUUUGUUUUCUCUGUGCUGGGCUUCUUUGCCUGGUCACCGUGUCCUGGACCACCAAUGAGGUCAUCGUGGAUUUCUACAACCCGUUAAUUGUUAGUGGAAUGAAGUACGAGAUCGGACUGGCUGUGUAUCUCGGUUACGCCUCGGCCUGCCUGAGUCUGGCCGGGGGAACGGUGCUGUGCUGGAGCAGCAGCGGUGACAGGUCACAGCGGAGCACCUUCCGUACGCCGAGGAGUCAGCCAUCACAUCCUCCGCCUGCCUUCAACAACUUAUAUCCCCCUGCCCCACUCUACAGGCCCCCUGAGGCCCUGAAGGGAAAUCAUGCUCCCUCACUUUGCUCCGCUUCCAGCAGUGGCUAUAGGCUCAAUAACUAUGUUUAAUCACAGAAAUACUAAAACAAUAACAUGGGACAAUAUGGUCUGUCACCUGGACACUUUUCCAACUUUUUUUAUAUCUUUGUUUUUUAACAACACAGCACCCAGCUGUAACACCUGCAUACCCACAAAAAGAUCUGAAAUGGAAACAAAGGCUCCCAAAUUGCAACACCAGAUAUCAGAUUUUAAAGGAUAUUUGACAAAUCACUCUUGCUUUCCUCUAACUGAAGCCUGGAAUGCCGUUCCUGUACACCUGAAGGACCAGAAGGUGGCGAUAUUUUACAGGAAAUCAUCACGGAAAAGACUAAAUAAAUCAGAUUCCCAUAUUCCUUGUUGUAACGCUCAGUUUAAUGGAUAAUUUAUCAUUUCCUUGUUCUAACCGUCUUCGCAGAUAUGUUUAACUCUUUCUAGGAGGCAAUAUGCCAGUUCCUUUUGAAGAAACAUAUUUCAUGUCAGUAUUCAGUGUCGUUAAAUGAGUUUCAUGCCAAUAAAAUUAAAAACUGAC